CUAGCACGGGCCGCACUGCCCGCACUCUGACAGUUGUUCGCGUGUGCCUGCGCGGUGUGCCUGACUGCGUGUCUGCCGCCACCUUCAGUGAAGAAAACAACGCGAGGUGCGAGUGAGGAAUAGCGGGUACGCGACGCCGACGACCAGCCCCCAACGGGAGCGGCAGGACUACCGUACGCGUGUGCCGCAAGUGGGAUCGUGCGGCGCCACCGAGGCUGCACUCGCGCCGCCGCCUGCGCCCGCACCAGUCAGUCAGUCCCGCCAGCCGACUCGUCCGAGCGACAUGACCUCACGCGCAAUUAGAGAAUUAAUCGGGACGACCGUCGUCGACGUCGACGCGCUGCCAUUUUGUGCGGCGUCGUGAGGAGCGGUGCGCGUGUGUAUUGUGCGAGCAAACGGAACUCGAGAGUUUGCUUCCUCCAGCGCGCGCGGCCCCGGCCGGCCGUGAUGUAGGACGCUGCGCCCCGGGACCACCAACACCAACACCUAUCCCUCAAACAACAACCAUGGCCGAGCAGCGUGACGCGCCCGAGCGCCUGCUCGAGCAGCAGAUCCUGCAGCUGAAGAAGCAGCACCAGAUUCAGCAUCAGAUCUUGCUCGAGCAUUUCCAGCGCCAGCAGCAGCAGCUUGCCGAGCAGCACGCACAGCAACUGCGACUGCACCUCAAAGAGUUCUGGGACCAGCAGAAGCAGCUGCAGGAGCAGCGGCAUCGCGAACAGCUGGAGGCGCUGCGCCGCAAGGACAAACACGAGGAGAGCGCAGUUGCAUCCACUGAGGUGAAGCAAAAACUGCAGACGUUCCUCCGGCAGCGCGCCUCAGGCAACUCGAAACCCAAUCUCAAUCAGACACAGGACAACUACUGGUCUGAAGGAAUGGAUACGAGUUCGAACCAACCUCAUAACAACGAUUUUCCUCUAAGAAAAACUGCUUCCGAGCCGAAUCUAUUGAAAGUACGCUUAAAACAGCGCGUGAUGGAGCGCCGUUGUAGUCCAAUGAGCAAGCGUCACCUUGCGCCUAGUCUUAAGAAGAAGAUACUGAGCUCUUGCAUGCCUCCGAGCGAGUCGCCGCCCCAAGAGCCUCCUAAGGAACUGAGCCCGCCAUGCGAGUCCGAUGAGUAUCAUAAGCAUCAGCUAUUCAGCAGCCCUUCUAUGCCGAACAUAUCGCUGGCAGCACAACACGGGCUUUCACCCGACCUCUCAGAGGCGGCGUUACGAGCGGCGUGCACGGCGCGCUUGGGUAUGCCGCUUACAGGUCAAUUGUUGCCUGGAACGUUGCCCUUCUACCCCUCGCUUCCCGCCAUCGAGAGUGAACACGAGGAAGCGGCUACUUUGGACACUAUAAGCGAGCUCCAGGAGCCCGCUAUGCGUGGCGUCAUACGUCCCCUUGGUCGCACGCAGUCCAGUCCAUUGCCGCUGCGCCAUCCGCUGCUUGACGGCAGCAACCAUGUUCCCGCACCGCCCCCUCAACUGCCUCCACCACCAUUGCCCGAGGAGCAGGAACAGCGCGAUCUCGAGUUACGCGGCAACGAAACGAGAAGUGUUGUGCGUCCGCUGUCGAGGGCAUCGAGCAGUCCGGUAGUGCACCUGGGUGCACCAAACGCCCUCCAAAGACGGAGAGCGUCGUCAACGCCCACCACCGGUCUUGCGUUUGAUAGUCAGAUGCUCAAACACGCUUGUUCUUGCGGUAACAAUUCGCUACAUCCAGAGCACGCUGGACGUCUACAAAGCAUUUGGGCUCGAUUGCUUGAGACGACGCUGGUACAACGUUGCGACCGCCUUCGGCCUCGAAAAGCCACCACCCAGGAAUUACAGCUUUGUCACUCGGAAGCACACGCUCUGCUCUACGGGACCAGUUCGCAAAACCGGUACAAAAUGGAUAUGAGUAAAUUGAGCGCACUGCCUGUUACCGCCUUCGUCAGACUGCCAUGCGGUGGUAUCGGCGUCGACUCUGACACUACUUGGAACGAGCUGUACACAGCCCCUGCCGCUCGAAUGGCCGUCGGAUGCACAGUUGAUCUCGCCGUACGUACGUGGACAGGUGAUAUCCGCAACGGCUUUGCGAUUGUACGACCCCCGGGGCACCACGCAGAGGUCCAGCAAGCGAUGGGCUUUUGUUUCUUUAACUCGAUUGCUAUUGCGGCACGCCAGCUGCAGAAGGAACACCGCGUGCACAAAAUACUCAUUUUUGAUUGGGACGUGCACCACGGUAAUGGUACGCAGAGCAUCUUCUACGAUGAUCCUCGCGUACUUGUCAUAUCGAUGCACCGACACGACGAGGGUAAUUUCUUCCCGGGCACCGGUAACCCCGAUGAGUGCGGCACAGGCGCCGGGCUUGGCUUUAACGUAAAUGUCGCCUGGUCGGGUGGACUCAACCCCCCACUAGGAGACUCCGAAUAUUUGGCCGCGUUUCGCGCCAUUGUGAUGCCGAUUGCGCGAGAAUUUGAUCCGGACAUUGUACUCGUGUCGGCUGGUUUCGACGCGGCCGAUGGACACGCGCCACCGCUGGGCGGCUAUCGUGUGUCCCCGGCCUGUUUUGGUUUUAUGACACGCCAGCUAAUGCAACUGGCGCAUGGGCGCCUGGUAUUGGCCCUGGAAGGCGGCUAUGAUCUCGCCUCCAUUUGCGAUUCGGCGGAGGAGUGCGUUCGUGUAUUGCUUGGGGAUGCACCGGCGCACAUCGCCGUCAGCGAACUUGCACGCGCGCCUUGCGAGAACGCAAUCAUUGCCAUGCAAAAGGUGAUAUCCAUUCAGUCGUUGCAUUGGCCGUGUCUGCAGGAGGCCGCCAAAAGUUUAGCCUGCUCACACAAUGAUGCCAUGAGAAAUGAGAAGGACGACAAAGAUACCGUCUCAGCAAUGGCUUCGCUGUCUAUGCAACAGACCUUCGGCGGAUAUCCAAGCCCGGAGGGGCCCAGAUAAGAGCGCCUCAGUCACAAAGCGAAACGAAAGCGAAAUCUCUUCUCUCAUUGGCAAACUGUACAUUCCGACGUUUGCUAUAAGUAAAUGUCUUUAAAUUGUAAGAUCAAAUUUACGUGUGUUUUAUUUUUGUUAAAUACAUUUCAAGUUUUUACACAUAUGAGAAAAGACCGUACAUGUGGCCGGCGACGUCCGUGCAAAACGAUUCAACGCUCAGAGCAAACAAAUGAAAGUACAUCAAUUUGUUUCAAAUAUUGAUAAAUGUUUAUACCAAAAUGAUUGAUUAUUCACUAAAAUCGGUUACAUAUAAAUGUUAAUUAUUUUUGAAA